CUGUGACAUCUAGGCAGUUCAGAAUGAAAAGCGUUCUGUUUCAGAAUACUUUCUGGCGCUGUCCUUGCCGCAGUUAUUUUUAGUUCACUUGCACCAUCUAGUGGUGAUCACAAUGUCUUAUGUUUGCCAAAGAUUCUAAAGUUCUAUAUUUGAGCAUUCUAUAGUUCUAUUUUUAUACACAUACAUUCUGAAUUCAGACUGCUAUAAUACACUACUUGGUUACAUUGCUCGAUUGUUUAGUUCUUAUUUAGGAUUUACAGAAGUUUUCUAGCACAGUUUAGCAGUUUUUAGUUGAGUUUUCUGUAAAUAAAUAUUUUCUAGCUGUUAUACUGGUCUCUUGGUGAUACCUUGGAGCAAAUAUGGAUGACUCUACAUCCAUCCAAGGGUCUUCUUGGGUCGAUUGUUACCUUGAUGAGCAGAUGUUGAAGGUGAAGGGUCGCCAGAGACUCCAUGAGAUCGAGCAGGAAGUUCAUAGAGAGCUGAGCGUGACACUAAGCCAAUGUCACCAGUCCCCAGGAGAGGUAGCCAUGGAGGGGCAGCAGCUCCUGACUGACAAGGCCAAGCCAUGGGUUACUUCCCAUGAGCAUCUUGGUUCUGCAGCUCUGAUGAGUGGCGACACAGCAGGUAUGCUCUCAGAGAAACAGGCCCAACCUGAGAUCAGGUCAGAUGAGAUGCUCCAGGUGGAGUUCCUCAGCCAGACCCAGGUGGAGAUUCCACAGGAGGUCAGGGAGGUCAUGGACAGCCUGCUGGACAAGGUGGCGGAUGGAGAAGCCCAGGAGAAGAAGGCUGAGGUCUUCAAGGCAAACCUGAUCCCCUAUCCCUCCUCAUCCUCAGCAGUCAAUGUCAUGAAGGUCCUGGAGAGCCAGGUAGACAAGGAGAAGAAGGUUGAGGUCCUUGACCUUAGCACCUGUCCCAUACUCCAAACGGCCCUUACAGACAUUGAGACCACGAUGAAGACUGCAUACAAGACCAUGCCAAAGCAGAUUGUGGUACUUGGUUCUACCAUUAAGCAUAUCAUCACCCAGGUGCUUCUUCAAGUAGAUCCCCAAGCCUUUCAGGAGGGAGUCUAUUUGGAGACACCUGUUAUCAUCAACAACACCAAAGCUCUUCUGUGGUCUAUUCCCUGGGUUCAAGUAACUGAGGAUGAGGAGAUGUCUAACACUCAGCAGUCCAUUGAUGCUUAUGAGGUGGCCAAGGCUGUUAUCAACAACCUGGAGGAGGUUCUAGGCCCAAAACCUGUGCUGGCGAGAGCACUGGGAAUCAGGUCACACAUCUUGACAAGGUACAUUGUUCAUCUCGUAGGUCUAUGCAUUUCUAAGACAGUGCCUGAUGUAAAUGCUGCCAAUGAAGAGGAGAGACAUAUUAGUCAGGAUAUGGUGAACAUCUGUCCUCUACCUGCUAGAUUGAUCAUUAGCGGAGAACUGUUCAAUGACUUCGUAGUGAAGUUUAUUCUAAAACUUCAUCCAAUGAACGGACACGGUACUAAACAGCUUGACCAACAGGCUCUGCUCUUACUGGUUGUUAAAAUGGCCUCAGUAGCUUUUAACAUCUUGAGGAAGAUUCCAGGUAUUUCUGUGGAUGAAAAGCUGUGCCCCCCUUCUGCAACAUGA